ACCGGUGCGCUGCUCGGUGGAGAAGCUGCUCACGCCCACAGCAGACACAGAUGAAACACAACGACAGGUUAGAGCAGAGCGUGCUUUCUGAGCAUAAUGAUGAGUUCCUUCUUGUUUUUUAAUAAAAAAAGAAUACUAGUCUGAAAUAGCAAGGUCUGAGUCACUGCGAGGUGAAUAGCUAAAUGUAGUGAGAUACGUUUUUUGUUUUUUUUUUGGUGUUUUUGUGAAGACGAGCUUCUUUACAUUAUCAGGUAAAGUUUUUUGUUUGUUUUUUAAAGUGCCACAUUUGAAACGUAAUUUUAUGAAAUCAGGACAAAACAAACAUUUCUCUAUUGAAUCAUCACAUCAGGUUUCAGUGACAGUAUAGGCACCUCGCGAUGUUUUCCACGACUCUCCUUCUCACAGCGUUGUGCGUUUUUACGCACUGGGGCACUUUUACGCACGGGUGCCAGCUCCCCUCCGAGUGGCGGCCGCUGAGCGAGGGUUGCCGAGCGGAGCUGGCGGAGAUUAUUGUGUACGCUCGGGUUCUGGCGAUACACCGGGAGCCUCUGAGUGGAGGGGCGGGAAGCCUGUACAACUCGCUGUCCGGGUUUGGGUAUGGAUACGAGGGCGCAGAAGAAGGGCUGCUGUACUCGGCCGAGGUGGAGCUGCUGUGCGACCAGGCUUGGGGCAGCAUGCUGGAGGUUCCAACCGGAUCAAGACUCAACCUGACAGGUCUUGGGUACCUGUCCUGCCAGUCUUACACGGUGAUGGAGAACUACUCCUACUUCUUCUUCCUCAGGAUGGACGAGAACUACAACAUCCUCCCACACGGCAUCAACUUCCAGGACGCCAUCUUCCCUGACACGGCCGAGCACAGGAGCAUGUUCUCCAACCUCUUCCAGUACUCCAACUGCACCCAAGGGAGCCAGCCGUUCCACACCUUCAGCCCCGAGUGGGAACCUCAGGAGGACAGCAGGCUGCUGUGUUCCUCGGUGCAGGCGGCGCUGUUUGAGGAGGAGGAGCAACGGCGCAAGAUGCAGGAGCGCCUGGCCACCGUGGAGCGGAGGAACCGUCAGCUGAAGGAGCGCGUUCGCAAGGUGAAGCGCUCCCUGAGGAACAGCCGCAAGGCCGCGCGCAAGGCCGAGGAGGAGCUGCGGGAGCUGCAGGUGAAGCUGAAGGCUGUCGAGAGGAGAGAGGGGCAUCAUCUCAACGCCAUCACCCAGGAGGAGCCUUCCCCAGGGCGUUACGCAAGCACAGCAAAACGCCAGCGACUGCAACUUUAACUAAAUCCGACCCGCCCUGACCUGCAGCCAGUCUGGACUGAAAACUGGCUGUUGAGAGUGAGAGGCUGCUGGGCAGUCUCCACACAAGGGACAAACAAACAGCACGUGUCAUAUAGUAUCAAAGGAAACACGCCUUUAAAGUAUUAAUCUCCACAGUAAUGUUGUAAAGUAACGUAUCUCGUAUAGCUCUGAGUGCAUGAACACGACACUGACGACGAUUCCUGUUCAUCUGACAAACAGAGCAAGGUCAUUUUCCAUAAAGAUGCUGCAAAGUGCUUUACAGACAGGCAUUCACACUCACAUUCACACCUACAGUCAACGUAGAGUCAUUGUUGUUGAUUGUUUUCAUUUAAAAACAAUCCAGGUGAGCAUUUUAGCUCCAUUUUCACAAGUAAUCCAGGUCAAACGAAAGGUCAGAAAAUCUCGGCCUCAGAUACAAGUGCACAAACUUUAGAGAGGAUUUAAUCCAUAGCCUUUUAAGUCCAAUAUCUAUCUAUUAUUUUCACUACCUUUAGUUAUAAACUUUCUUACGUGUGAGACGGUUCGUUGACGAUGACGUGUAAUUCAAGCGUGGAACAUGAAUGUUUUUGUACAAAUGUUUCAGUUUUGUUUGUUGUUUUGCUUAUAAAAUUUUAAGAUGGAUGAACAACAGUUGUGAAAUUGACAGUGAAUAUUAACAUCUGACACGGGUUCAGUUAAGGUCUACAACACCACAUAUAGAGAGAGUAAAGAAAGGUCAAGGUCAGAGGAGACUCUGUGCUUUUGUGUGUGUGUGUGUGUGUGUGUGUCUGUCUGUCUGGUCCAUCAAGUGACAGGAAUGUGUUUGUGUGGGCAGCAGCAUUGUGAACAGCAGGACGCCGCUGAGAUAUCCCUCUGAUUCUGUCUCAAAAACCCAAAGCGCUGGCGGGAAGCAAAUGUCCAUCGCAUCACAUGACCUUGAAAAAGGGACGACAAAACUAGAGCACGGAGAGACAACACAUCAAGAACUGCAUUCACAUCCUGUCAAACGCCGUCCUCUCUCUGCACAAGGCGAAGCAGACUUUCACGGUGUGUAAGCGAUUAUAGAGGAAAUACUUCACAACCUUUUUCACCCUGUAUCAGCCAAACACGCAGUAUCACUGCACAGAAUCCUUGAUAGAAAUAUAAUAAAUGCCAUUAAAAGAAAA